UGUUCCAUUAAAUAGCUUUACACCAACGUACAAGUGUCAUUCUCGCGUCCUUUUCAAAGUAAUAGCCGAUACAGAAACUGUCUCUCGUCCGAAAAAGAAAUUCUCAAUUCUACAAAGUGCAUUGAAAGUCGUUAGAAAUACACCAAAAGUGAGAUAUAAUGCAAGUUUACCGAGUUGAAGAGUGUUAAGUGUAUUAGUCAGAGCACAUGUUCUACGAGGAGGACGCCAUAUUCUGUCGGCUGUAAAAAUGACAGUGGAACAGUCUUCUCUACAGCAACAAAUUACCCAGAGGAACAAAGAGGAGUCUGCCUUGUCUCAAAUUAAAGAAGUAACUGGAAUUGAUGACAUCAAGGUGAUAACAAAAGCAAUCAGGGCAUGUUGUAACAAAGAUGGAAAAUACAAUAUUGAAGAUGUCGUUACCAUGCUUGUUCAAGACAGCUCAGAAUACAAUGUCUCCAACAAUCCUUCUCAAGAUUUACCCCAAACCCAUUGUAAUACUCCAUGUGAUGCCAAGGAAAAUCAGAAAGUUAUAGAUCUAACUAAUGAUAAGCAACAGCAGCAACAACAACAACAACAACAACAACAGCAGCAACAACAACAGCCUCAAGCUGCUGCAGACGGUUACGAGACUGAAGAGAUUCGGAAAGCAAUUGCUGCCAGCUUGCAAGAUUCCACUGGAAUGUUGGGUGGUCAAGUUACUCGCGAAGAACAGGACAUCAGCCGAGUUCUUGAAGCCAGUUUAGCAGAAAGUAAAUCUGGAACCAAACGGAAACGGAGUGAUCUUUGGUUUGUUGACCCUUUGAAUCCUCAUCUACGUGAACGGGAGAACUGGUGUCCUGUAGGACUAAAGAAUGUUGGUAAUACAUGUUGGUUUAGUGCUUUGAUACAGUCCUUGUUCCAUGUAAAUCGCUUCAGACAUUUGCUGAUAAAUUUUCAACCUCAUCCAAGGUCAGAAUUUAGUGCUUCCAAUCCUGCAGAAACUCGUAGUCUCCGAUUUACUGAAGAACUAAGAAACCUUUUCUCUUUGAUGAUUGGUUCGUAUCGAAAGUAUGUGGACCCUUCCAAAGCAGUUGAGAUUUUGAAAGAAGGCUUCAGAUCUCACAUGGGAGUGUCAGAUAGUCAACAAGACGUUAGCGAGUUCCAAGGCAAGCUUCUUGAAUGGCUUGAAGAUGCUUUCAGAAACUCACCGUCCACGCUAACAGAAUCUUCUGGAAGUUUUUGUAGCAAAGAUCCAAAAGAACAAACAAACCCUAUGAUUGAAUUAUUUUAUGGGGGUUACACUGAAAUUGGCAAUAACAAGGAGGAUGAUAAUGUAUUUUUACAGUUUAAUUUAAAUGUAAAUGGUGUACGUGAUGUCCAUGAAAGUCUGGAGCAAGAGACCACUGGAGGAAGUCAGCCAUGUUCUGAGGAAUCACCUACAAAAGAAAUUUGGUUCAACAAACUGCCUCCUAUCAUGACGUUUAUGCUAACACGCUAUGAUUAUAACAAACAAUUACAACGGUCAGAGAAGCUACACAGCAAGCUAGAGUUUCCACAAGUUCUGUUUAUGGAUAGAUAUAUGCAUAUCAACAAGACCGAGACGAAAAAGAGACGUGAAGAUUCGAAAAAACUCCGUGAACAACUGCAAACCUUGCAAGCAAAAUUAGACACCUUUAUUAAUUAUGGGUCUGGAAGGAAGAGGGUCCCUCUGCAAGAUGUCUUGCAGUAUGCUUUAGAAUUUGCUGAGAGUAAGAGAGGCUGUGAUGAUACUCCUGUUAAAGACAACAGUGGCUUCAACGAUGUUGAAAUGGUGUCUCCGAAACCAUCAACGUCUGGCAGUGUUGGUUCUGAGACCCUAGAUCAAGCAUCUCCUCAUAUUAAUUCACCUCCAGUCAGUCCUAUGUUGACCAUCAAAGUACCUAACCCAGCCCCUAAAAAUAUAUCUGACAGUGAGCUUCAAGUUCUGCAGGAUUGUCUAUGUCGGUGGCGAACUGAAGUAGAGAAUGAAGUAAGAGAACUGCAAGAAAAUAUAAGUAUUUUGGAGAGCAAAAUCAACGAAAUGUACAGUGAUGCUGGCAUGCAGAAGUAUCCCUACCAUUUGCAUGCUGUCCUUGUCCAUGAGGGCCAAACAGCAUCUGGUCACUACUGGGCUUACAUCUUUGACUUGAAGAAACAGCGCUGGCUGAAGUUUAAUGACAUAACCGUGAGUGAAGCAACUUGGGAGGAGUUGGAGAAAGAGAGUGUUGGUGGCUACCACAAUGCCACGGCUUACUGUCUCAUUUACAUUGACCAAAACCGAGCUGAUAUGCAAACAGUUAACGAGGACAUGGCAUCACCAAUCUCACAGUUACCACCCUAUCUCCAGCAGCUUGUUACUGAGGACAACCGAAAGUUUAUGAAAGAAAUUGAAGACUGGGACCGAGAGCAAAUGAAGAAGAUUGCCGCCUCGGCAGCAGCGGCAGCCUCUGCUGUCGGGGAUCAAGAUAUCAAUCCAGUUUCAAAAAGUAAAAAUAGUCAGAAUGUAAGUACCCAAACACAACAGCAACAACAGCAACCACAACAACAGCCACCACCGCCACAACCACCAGUACAAAGCCAGAUGCAGUCUUUUGCCAAAAGAACGUCUCCGUUAUCUGAAGUUCAUGCUCAGUUGUCAUUUCAACACACAAUCAAAGCUCUUACUGCUGCUAUGGAGGGAGAGGUGUUUGUAAAGAAAGGUGCUAAUGCUGCCCUGAAUGAGGCUAUUGACAAAGAACUUGAAAGAUUAAAAUCUCUUGCGAAGACUGUCCAUGAUGAUGUUUUACCCCGUCAGGACCCACGCCUUGACCAUAUUCUGGUCUACCUCUUCGAUAACAAUGCAAAUUAUAAUGUGAUAAAACGAGUGUUAUUGGAACAGUUUUCUAAUCUUUCAAUCUUGGAUCGAGAUCCUCGAGCCAAGAAAAUCCGACAAGAAGCAUUCAAAUGUGAAGAAGAAAUUCAACAACAAAUGGGCAAACAUGGGAGCAGAGAAUAUAUGGUAUGGCAUCAACGCUAUCAUCAAUUCCGCUGUGUUGUACAUAACUUCAUUAAAGGUGUCAAAUUGUAUCACGAAAAUACUUUUCAGUCAGCGUUAAACUUCCUACGAAAUGCUUACCUUCUAAAUAAACAUUUGCAUAAGUUGUCACCUGAUGGAGUGAAAGGCUUGAAUGAUGACCUAUUGAAGUGUUACAGGAGAAAAUGCUUAUUGAAUUUGAAUGUGGAGACGGCCAAGAAAUUUGAAGAAGAGAAAGACGUUACAGAAACUCUAAAACUGAUGCACCAUGACAUCUUGUCCAGUAUUUCAGAGUUUUCUGACAAUGAGGAUACUGAUGAUGCUAAAGCGAUAGAUUCCAUUAGAAACCAGUGGUGUACAGUGGUGGGCAAGGAUUUUGAUAGCUACAAAAGUGAAAAACUGCAGGAUUUCUUCUCCAAACUGUUUGAACCCUCAACGGCCCAAAGAUCUGUCUCUGAGCUUGGUUCCACUCCACCAUCGGAACUGCAGAAUCUGGCCAACAACUACCAGCAUGUCAUCAGCCUCUGUGAAAAACAUGGAUUUCUUCGUAAUUUAUCGGAUAAUGACGGAAGCAGGAGCAAAAUCUUUGAUGACGAAUACAAUGUUGAUGACAACGAUGACCACCACAACAGUGGCAUUGGUAUAGGUGGGGGUGGUAUUGGCGGUAGUGAUGAUGACGACGAUGAUGUUGGACUUGCUGUGGAUGAGGACGAUGUGCAGGAUGAGGGAAUUGAAACCAUAUCUUCAGAAACCUGAGCCUUGAGAGAGAGAGAGAGAAAGAGGGAGAAUGGAAGCUAGAGAGGGGAGGAGGUGAGAGAGAGAGAGAGAGAGA